AAAUGCCAAAUGCAGUAUCCAAUUCGUGAUUCUCUCCACAUCGCUCAUGCACGUGCUUCCUGACGCCUAUGAUGCGCUCUCUGACUGCCAGGUGACUUGAUGGCGACUUCUCACGUCGAGAGUCACGGCCACGGGAAUCGGAUCCUUGAAGUCACGAAGGAUUACACACCUAUUGGAGCGAUCGAAAAAUUGGGAGUGGUGGAGAAGAAAUUGGGGGUGGAAGAGAAAGAGGUGGAGCUGGGGAUGGUGGCGGCGGCUAUUAUGGAAGACAAAUCAGUGGGGCUCAAGCAGCAAUUGGUGUCCCAAGUUCUGGAAAUUGGGAUAAUAUUUCACUCUGUGAUCAUCGGGACGACGAUGGGAAUGUCUCAGAACCAGUGCACCAUACGGCCGCUCGUGGCGGCGUUGGCAUUUCACCAGAUCUUUGAAGGGAUGGGCCUCAGUGGUUGCAUUACACAGUUUUUGUCAAGGAAAAUGGAAACUCGCACGGGUAGCUCAAUUGUUCGAGUGGUUGGAAAUUUGGAUCAAUGGAUCAAGGUUCGAAUCCCCGCAGCGAUUGGGUGGAGGUUGCAGAACAUGAAAUAAGGCUGGACCUUUGGUGCGCACGGGUGUAGGCCUACUGCCACUUUGCCGAUUGAGUCACCGUGACUUACUUCAUCAUCCUGUCGGGUCGGAGUGAGGGGCUCCUGGGGUGGGAGAUUCCACCUUUUGUUGGAUCAAUGUUAAGGAAAAUGGAAAUGAACCAUACAGUAUUAUUCGUUCAACUCAAUAGCCUGAUACUACUUCAUAGUGAAGAGAAUUAUUACAGGCCGAAGAAGUUGAAUAAAGUAUAUAUUUAGGUGAGUGAUAAGGC